AUGCUACUCCAAAACCCGCCGCGACGCUCGAGUGGUAGACACCUCCGGGAAGAGCGAUGCCAUACGCAAAUAGUAGAGAGAAUGCAGAACCGCCGGCGAGAAGUAGAAGCUGCUGGUCUCGAGAAAUGUAAAUCUUCGAAGGUUCAGUCAUGUCGAGUUGUGGAGCAGGAGAGAGGUGUUGUUGACCGGACGCUCCUUCGUGCGCUAGGCAGCGAUGGGGCAGGCAACAGUUGGUUGCCUGCGCGCAUUCAGCCUCAGCGUCCUGGUAUGACUAAGCAAGGCUGCGAAAAAAACGAGGCUGCGCAAAGCAGUGCAGAUGCCUACCGACUGAUGGAUGAGCGCUCAGAAUAG